CCGAUGAGCGGUGCCGCUAACGCCGGGUUAGUCCAGUCCACGUGUGCCCAUAUUUCCGAAAGCGCGGCUCUUUCCAAAAGCGCGGCCCAUCCUAAAUGCGCGCUCGUAUCUGACCGAUCCCGCGCGCAAUACCAUCAUUACGGCAUUGUAGCAUGGGCCUCAACUCUAGCUGUGUGGAGUGCCGGCGGCGGCGUGUGCGGUGCGACGGCAAGGUACCGUGCAGCCAGUGUAUACUAAAGGACAGAUCAGCGCUUUGCUAUCAACGCGAGCGGAAGAGGCGCACCGUCAAGCGUCCGCCCGAGCGAGGCCAUGCAACUGCCUCCUUUUUCGUCGCUGUGUCUGAUGACCAAGCCGCCCGAAGAACGACCGGGGAGCAAGUAGCGCUCCCGCCGUGGACAGUCUGUCAGACCCUCAUCGAGAGCGUCUUUGCGACCUACGCGCUGCCCUUUGCAGGCGCGGUCAUUACUCCGUCUGUGUUGAGCCACUAUACCCACGGCGUCUGCGUCGACGGCAGGCGCCAAGAGACAGACGUCCGUGUCCUGGUGUCGGCUGCCAUCUCCCUGGCCAUCCAUUUUGCACCGAGCCAGCUUCUCACCUCGCUAGAGCACGGCGCGAGUGGCAACCUUGAGAGGACCAGAUCGGUCUGCGCCUCUACAGCUAUUGCACAGCUCAAGGAUCAAUUUCUAGGCGCACAGCGCUCGGCAACGCUCGAGGGCGUCCAGGCGGGCAUCUUGCUCCUCUGCAAUCCACGAUUUGACCAGACGAGCCUGGAUGGUCUGUUCGAGCUAACGGUGCAGCAGGCAAAGCAGCUCGGUCUGCACCUGCUCGAGCCGACAGACAAGUGGUCCAGCACCGACGAGAUGGGCGCCCGCUGCUGGUGGUAUCUUGCCGUGCGGUCAUGGAUGCGUGCGCCCGUCACGUGGUCUUACUCGAUCCAUCCCUCGCACUUUACCACUCCCAAGCCCAGUUUGCACAUGCCAGGCCUGCAGAGCGAGGCUCCAGGAGGAUGGUCUCCGGCCUCUUUCUGCCUUGCCAUGAUCGAGCUGGCCACCGUCGUGCGCACAGGCGUCGACUUGCGCAACGCAUCACCGACUCGCACGUGGUCAAACGCUGAUCGCCAGGCGCUGACGCGACUCUUUGCCACGCUUGCGCUGACACUGCCGCCUUACUACGCCGUCGAAGGCGUCUCCGACCGCAGGCAGGCCGCGACGCAGCACGUAGAGCGCUGGCUGCUGCACCACUACAUCUUUACGGCCUUUUUGCGGCUCCAUCGCGACGAGCUGCGCCCUGACAGUAACGAUGGACCCUGCACCGUCUGCAUUUGGCUCAGUCACGCCAUACUCGACUCCAUUGGAGACCUGCGGGGUUCCGACCUCCAGCGACUGUCCGAUAGCACAGGCUCAUGGCGCUCCUGGCGCGUUUUCGCCGAGACUCCCCGGGCUGUCGAGAGACGGCCGCCAAAGUUGUCUUCUCGCUCAGCAAGCGCAAGACGACCGCUGUCCUGGAUGCCGUGGACGCGACCACCGCUCCUUUCUUCGAGGGCAUCAAGGCGGUGUCAAGCCGGCUGCGAGCACUGUUCAACGGGGCGGCGCCGCCGCAGACGUACGAGGAGAUGUCGCAGCUGCUGCUGGCUGUCGUCGGCACAUGCGACAGCAUGGAUCGGCAGACCACGACGUCUUUGGAACAGGAGGACGACGACCUGCUCUUCCAGCAGCCCAUCGGCGACAUUCCGAUCGAGCUGCUCUGGGCCAGGAUCUCCAGCGAGGCGAUGCUUCCGGCGCUGCCUUUCUGAUCCCUCAAUAGUCAAGAUCAGCGACGUGACAGCUUCUCUUCGACUGUGCAGCGUGGCAGCUUGCUCCUGACUCAAGCGCCUGACUUCUGCGAGAGGUCACUUUCAGCGUCGGUGUAGCAACGGCGCACUCCAUUAAUGUGUAGACAGACUUGUGCCUGAUCUUCGGUCGCUUUACAUACUCUUUUGAUGGCGGCCGCGACCGUCGGUGGCUGCAUCGCGCUUGUCUGCCCACGAAACCCUCGUGUGAUCUGCCAAUCCUGCA